UAUUAAUGGCAAUGCUGUUGCACUUUGAGGCAGAUCUCGUCAGUUCUCUCUCUCAGUUUGGAUCACUGUAUUUGAGAACAUGAAACUAGUGUACGUGUGCUGUUCUCUGCUGAUAGCCGUCCAGCAGGAGGUCGAGGCUUCUGGUAGUGGCCCCUCCGGGGUUCUGGACAGGGGGUCAGGAGGCUCCAGCUGCUCCCAGGUGAGAUUGAAGCCAGCUGGGCAAUGUGAAGAUGAGGAAGAGUGCCCUUACCAGAUCACGCUGCCACCACUCACUAUCCAGCUCCCCAAACAAUUCAGACUACUGGAGAAGACCAUGAAGGAACUGCAAAGCUUGAAGGAGACAGUAAACAGGUUGAAAAGCUCCUGUCUGGAGUGCAGCUCACAGCAAGUGGACCUUAACUUGCAGAAGGACAGCGGAGACCCUCCAACAAACAGCGCAGAGCAGAAUCGAGGGGAUACCAGCACCAGAGUCUACCGGAAUGGGAACAACAGUGAUAAUGACAUUGUACAGAACAUGCAGGUGAAGAUGAAUCGCAUGUCUGUGAGCCUGAAGAAUGCACGCGCACAAAUUAACUCCCUUCAGGGCCGUCUGGAGGAACUUAACCUCCUCAAUCUGCAAAAUGUGGAGGAUAUAGUGGACAGAAAAGUUGAGAACAUUACCGGGAUUGUCAACAAAAUCAGCAGCACUUGCACAAAUUGUCCAGGUCAACAACAACAACUUCAGCACCUCACAAACAUCACUCCCAGAGACUGCUCUGACAUCAGCACACUGGGGCAGAGGAAAAAUGGGGUGUAUCAGGUGACCCCCGAUCCCAGAAACGGCAGCUUUGCGGUGUACUGUGACAUGGAGGAAUACGGUGGUGGCUGGACCGUCUUUCAGCGGCGCAUCAAUGGCAGCGUGAGCUUCAACCGCACAUGGGCUGACUACAAGAAGGGCUUUGGUGACCCUAAAGGCGAGUUCUGGCUUGGCAAUGACAAAAUCCACCUGCUCACCAAAACCAAGGACAUGAUCCUGCGCAUUGAGCUCGAAGAUUUCGAGGGCACACGUGGGUAUGCGAAGUACGAACAGUUCUACGUAUCCAAUGAGUUCCUCUAUUAUCGGCUGUCUUUGAGCGGGUACUCGGGGACUGCCGGAAACGCUCUGCAGUUUAGCAAACACUUCAACCAUGAUCAGAAGUUCUUCACUACACCUGACAAGGACAAUGACAGGUACCCCUCAGGGAACUGUGGAGCGUACUACGGAUCGGGCUGGUGGUUUGAUGCUUGUAUGUCUGCAAACCUCAAUGGCAAAUACUACAAAUCAAAGUACAAAGGGAAGAGGGAUGGGAUCUACUGGGGCACGUGGCACAACCUGACUUCUGAGUACUAUCCGACAAACUACAGACAAACAUUUAAAAAUGUCAAAAUGAUGAUAAGGCCAAAGAAUUAUGCACCCUAAGGCAAAUGAAGCAUAAACGAACAAUUACCUUUUGGGCAGUAUCGCACUUUUCCGCAAGAACUUAUAAAGAUAUAUCUUGUGAUUCAUUACAAAUCUUCAAAUGGUAACAUAACAGAAUUUUUUUUUUAAAUGUAUAAAUUUGUAUUUUCAAGGCACAUAAAAAUGCUAUCCAUCAAUGUACCAGAUCUUGUAAUGUUCUCAUGUUUUCCUGUAUGUGCUACUGCCAUCUUGUGUUUAACUGUUUUACUACACCAUCCUCUUUACAGCCUCCUGAUGUUUUUCCCUGUUCAUGUAUUAAGCGGGACACACUGAAAAGCUUUUUUAAAAUUGCUUAUUUUAAAACAAUUGAUUUAUACCAUCAUUAAUUUGCUGGUUGACUUUUUUUUAAUGAAAAUUUAAAUAUAUACUUUUUACCGAUGAUUUUUUUACUCUAAUGUUUAAACACAGAAAUACAAACAUGGUUUCUUAAGGCCCAUACGAAACUAUACUUUAUCUGUGACAUUCAAGGAAGAAAUGUACAGUAUUUAUUUUGAAAAGCAAAACACUUUUUUUAUUAUUAUUAUUUUAUUGCUGUGUGACUAGGCAGUUUUUUUUCUUACCAGUCUGAAAUUAUUGUGUUUUGUUUUUUCUAAUCAUUAUUAGCCAAUGUUUUCAAAAACUGUUUGUGUAUUGGAGUAUUAGAGAAAUUGCACCAAACGCCUCAAAUUGUGGUUUUAAAGGUACAUUGAUAAUUUUAUAAAACAAAUAAAACUCCAUCUAAAAGUUGA